AUGUAUAACGGGGAGUGCAUUCCUAUUAAAGACAUUAAACCCGGCCUUAAAAAUAUUAAUGUCAUUUUCAUUGUCCUGGAAAUUGGCAAUGCCACUGUAACAAAGGAAAACCGUGAAGUUAGAAACUUCAAAGUCGGCGAUCAUACAGCCUGCAUUAAUGUCAGUAUAUGGGAUGAGCCGGGGAAACUUAUCAAUCCUGGUGAUAUAAUCAAAUUAACGAAAGGCUAUGCGUCCAUUUGGCGACACUGCUUGACUCUGUACUCCGGCAAGAAUGGUGAAGUGUAUAAGAUCGGUGAAUUUUGCAUGACAUUCAAUGAGUCGAUUAAUAUGAGUGAGCCGAAACGUCCAGAGCAACAAGUUGGUGCCGUACCUGGAGGACCAGUACCGCAAGUUGGUAUGGUUAUGACACCAACUCAAAUGACGCCGGGUACUGCUCCAAAUAUGGUGGUCAAUCAGCCGCAGCAAAUGGCAACCGGUGUUGUUGGCACCAAUGGCAACCGGCCACAGACGAUGGGUGUCAGUGGUGUACAAGUUGUAAGCAAGCCAGUGCAACCAGUUGUCGGGGCGACAGUACCCGCCGCAAGUGUUGUUACGCCGACACAAGCCCAAUCGAAAACAACGAAUCGUGGUGCCCGUACAAAUGUAACACGAGCGAGUAACAUAAAAACUGCCGAAAGAAGAUGA